AUGGAAAAUUGUACUACCAGAGACUACACUGGGAUCGGUUAUGGGGCAUCAGAAUAUGUUAUGGAAAACGAAUUUAAAGAAGCUCGAAAACAAAUUUCAUCUUUCACUGCUUCCUUAAGGACAAAGAAAAAUAAAAAAGAAUUUAGAGAUGAAUGCUUAAAAUUGAUUGAUUAUCUAAUUACAAUAAAGGAUAAUCCCCCAAAAUAUACUAAUCCAAAACGUUGGGUACCAGUACUUAGGAAUUAUUUUGGAAAUAAAUUUGACAAGCUUACUCAAUAUGGUGGUUGUCCUAUGACUUUCGAUAAGAAAGAUAGAGACCUUUUAGAACUAAAAUAUAAUGCGUUAGACUUCUGUGGAAAAAAUAUAUCAUAUAAAAAUAAGCUAUUUGCCUUCAGAAAGGGAGGUAGUAGCACAUAUAGUUGUAAUAAUAAUUCUGAUUGUAUAAAACAUUGUAAGGAAUAUGAAGAGUGGUUUAUAAGUAAAAAGGAAUAUUUUGAGAGUAAUAGAAAUCUCAUUAGUGAAAGUUGCAUAUUUAAAAAUACAUCAUCACAAUUUCCAGAAAAGAAUUGUAACAUACUAGAUACUAGUACAUUCAAUAAACUUCCUCAAUGCCUACUGCCGAAACCAGAUGCAUCUACUCAAGCUCCAACGGAACAAAAAGAAAUAAGCAGAUCCAAAUUAGAUCAAGUCAAUGCUGAAGAUUCGCCAGUAUCUCAAGAUCAAAGUCCAUCACAAGUGGAACGUCCACCUGAUGGUCAGCAUAGUCCAUCUGAACGUCAACCAAGCAGUUUACCUGAAGGUUCACGUUCAGAUCAGUCUCAACUUCAAACAACAGCAGAAGACAGAAAUCAAGCAAGUUUAACUAAUUUAGACAAAGAUACACAAGAUUCAAUUACUCAAAAACCAGAUGCUAUUACACAUUCUUCAUCUUCACAGGAAAUAUUAACUAGUUCUAUAGUAAAAUCACCAGGUAGCCCAGAAUUAGAAGCAGAUAGUCAUAUUAAAACUAUACCCGCAGCUACUGAUGUAUCACAUCCUAAACCUCCUCCUACUACUCCUGUAGACUCUAAAAUUCAAGGUAACAUUAAUUCUACUUUCUUUUCUAUUUUUUACGCUCUAAUGGGGAAGUUUAAAAAGAAGAAAAAUAUAAGAAGAAAAGUUAAAUUCCUCAGAAUACUACUACCUUCGCAUUCUGUUAAAAAAGACAUACUUUUAUCAGAUGAUCAUUUGGAUCAGACGAUACAUGAUGAUGAAGAAAUCAUAAAAAAAUUAAAAAUACAUGAACAUAACACUAUAAAUAAUACAAAUAUGCUAAAGAGAAAAAAGGACAGAUCCAAAACUAUUAUAGAAGUACAUAUGGAAGUACUUGAGGAAUUCAGAAAUGAAGAAUGGGAAUUAAAAAAAGGUGAAUUUUUAGCAGUAUGUCUAGAAGAAUACAAAUAUGAAAAACAUAGAACCUAUCCUAAUUUAAUAAAUGGUGAUCAAAUGGAAAAUAUUAAAUGUAGCAAUGAUAUUGAAGAAAAAAAAAUUAUAUGGAAUAAAUGGAUAGAAAUGCACAGAAAUCUUUCUGAAAAAUUGAAAAAAGAAGAUUGGUUUAAUAAUUUGAAAAAUGAAUGGAAAAAAGAGAAAGCCAUGGUAAAUGAAACGGAAGAAUUAAACAAGAAAUAUUUAAACGAAAAUGAAAAAGGUUCACAUUUAGAAAGAGAAAAAGAUGCAUGGAGAGGAUGGAUAUCAAACAGAGGUAAAAUUGUAGAACAUUAUUUGGAACAGGACUGGUUAAAGGGAUUAACAAAUGAAUUUGAUAAUAUAUUAGAUGAAUAUGAAAAUGAAGGAACUGAAAAUAGUGUAUCACUAAUAAAUAUAGAAGAAAUGGAACAUAACAAAAGUUGCGAAGAAUUAUAUAAGUAUAUUAAAAAAAAAUUAUUAUCAAAAUUGUGUGUGCUUGUAUUUAUGACAAUAUUAGAGGAGUGCAAAAAAGAGAAAAAUGUAGAAAAUAAGGAAUCAUAUUUAGACAGUUCAAUAAAUGAAUGUAAUUCAGAAAAAAAUUUAGAUAGGAAAUAUCACAUUAUAGAAAAUGUUGUUGAAAAGGGAAACAAUGUUUUGGAAAAUAGUGAAAAUACUGAAAUUUUUGAUUAUAAGGAAGAAAAUAAUUUUACAGAUGAAAUAAAGGAUUGGAUAGGAGAAGAUGAUAUACAUGUAAAUUCUAUAUAA